AUGGAUCAUCACCAAUUUGGGGAAAGCAGGGGACCCUUUCCUUCGACGCCAGCAUCUUCAUCACCCCCUUAUACCCCGAACAAUGGCACACCAACACCAACUCGCGCUCACUCUGAUUCUGGAACAGAAGUCGAGCUUCAGCCGUACACAGGAGGUGAUAGCGAACAAGAGGUAGAUCCACAAACGCCUGACGGACUCGCACGACCACGUCAUAUCUUCUCCAAGCACAAAAAGUGGAUGACUGUGUACAUGGUGUCCCUAGGUGGAGCGUUUUCCGCCUUGUCAUCCAACAUUUACUUCCCAGCGAUCGAUACAAUAUCCAAGGACCUUCGUGUCAGUGCGACCGACGUUGGUUUCACUAUUACCGUGUAUAUGAUUGUUCAAGGAAUCGCACCCUCACUGUAUGGCUCCAUCUCAGAUUCGCGUGGUCGUCGUAUCACAUUUGUUAUCGCCUUAGUAAUCUACCUCGCCGCAAACGUGUCGCUAGCUUUCACGUCUAACCUGGCCAUGCUUGUGGUUUUGCGAGGAUUGCAAGCCGCUGGAUCGGCUGCGACAAUUAGCAUCAGCACUGGUGUGAUUGCCGACAUAGCAGAACCCGAUGAGAGAGCAGGCUUCAUGGGAACCAACGCCGGCAUAAGAAUGAUUGGCCAAGCUAUAGGUCCUGUCAUUGGUGGACUGCUGAAUAGUGCAUGGGGAUUCAGAAGCAUCUUCUGGUUCCUAUUUGUAUUUAGUGCGUUGGUCCUCUUAGGGCUGUUGGUGUUUCUACCAGAGACACAGCGGAGGAUAGCUGGCAAUGGCAACGUUCCUCUCAGAGGCUUUUACAAGCCCUGGUCCUACUUCUUCUACCCUCCCAAGGAAUGGCGCAAUGCUCCUACACCGCCAGCACCAAAGCUAGAAAAACUCUCUUGGAAGACGAUCAUCGAGCCACUGACGUAUAUCCUUAGAAAGGAUAUUCUAGUUCUCCUUUCUUGGGGUUCUCUUGUGUACACCAUCUGGAGUAUGGUCACGUCCUCAACCACAACAGUGCUGCUCAAGACUUUCCCCGACCUUACACAAUGGCAAGUGGGCCUUUGCUUCCUUCCAAAUGGAAUCGGAUGUGUAUUUGGGUCGGUAUGCACUGGUCAACUGAUGGAUAGAGCUUUCAAACGCGCCGAGGCUCGAUACAAACAAGAGCAUGGACUCGCUAACGUGGACGUCAAGUCCCGGCAGGACUUUCCUUUUGAACAUGUCCGGUUAUCACUAAUGCCUUAUUUCAGCAUUAUUUUCAUCGUUGCAAUGGCGCUGUACGGGCCCAGCUAUGAGUUCAACGACCUAAGGAGACACUUUGCUGGGAAUCUGGUUGCCUCCCUGGGUCUGCAAUUUAUCAUUGCAUCUACUGCAACGGCCAUCUUCAACAUCAACUCGACGAUAUUAGUAGACUGCUUCCCGUAUAACUCAGCUGGUGCUACGGCAACAAAUAACCUGUGCCGUUGCCUCCUCGGCGCUGCGGGCGUCAGCGUGAUACAGCCUAUGAUCACCAAGCUUAAGAUUCGGAACGCAUUCCUCGUGCUCACGGCGAUUGCUGUUUUCUUCUCACCACUGGUCUGGGUUCAGUGGAGAAUGGCAGAGAAAUGGAGAAGAAAGAGACUAAGUGCCUAA